CUGAGAUCUCGCUCAGCCAAUCGGACUGCAGAGUUAUUGUGUGUUCAAGUAAUUAUCCCCAUUACCAAAAUUCUUUGAAAACAAGACGUGGAAAUGCGGAGAAUUUACUGAUUCAAUGGAAAAAAUAAUGAACAGUCAAACCUCGAAAAGGCUAUACACAGAGUUGCCUGUGUGGAUUGUUGAAGACCACCACGAUGUUGUGCGUCACAUAUACCGUGCAAUAGCUUCAAGGCAUAUCCCAAUGAAGAAUAUUAAAAUGGUCCAUUUGGAUUCUCACCCUGAUCUCCUCAUACCCGUUAACAUGCCCGCGGACACUGUGUAUGAUAAAGAAGCUCUUUUCAGUGAGCUGAGCAUUGAGAAUUGGGUCAUGCCCAUGGUUUACGCUGGACACGUGUCCCACGUGAUGUGGCUUCACCCCUAUUGGGCCCAGCAGAUUAAAGAGGGGGAACACAGAAUGUGUGUGGGCAGAGACUCCUCCACAACCACAAUCAGGGUUACAAGCACAGAUGACUACUUCCUUAGUGAUGGUCUCUACGUUCCUCAGGACCAGCUGGAAAACCCCAAACCCCUGCAGCUGUGCGUCGUGCAGGUGAACCCGGUGGAGCGUGAGUGCAUGCAGGGAGAAGAGACAGCUGUGCCAGCCGUAAAAAGGCCACGGGCGCAGGGCACAGUGGCUGAGGAAGCUGCAGCCUCUGGGAAUGAGGCAUCAGCCUGCAGUGACAGACUCCAGCCACCAGGUGGGAGCAGAACCUCAAGCAGCGCUGAUAGAAGUUUGGCGACUCCAAGGACCCAUAGUCCUCAGUGUGGGAAGGAUGAGGCUGGAUCAACAGCUAAAGCUGUGGCCAGCCUCCAUUCAGCGAUAGAGGAAGAUGAUUCAUUCAUCCUGGACAUCGACCUGGACUUCUUCUCUUGUAAAAAUCCAUUUAAAGAGAUGUAUACACAGGAAGAGUACACCAUUCUGCAGGGCCUGUACAGUUUCCAGAAGCCCAGUGAAAACGCAGAUGAGGACGAGCUGGUGGACUGUGUGGAGAGGCGUGUUCGACAGCUGGAGGAUCUGGAAACCGCUUUUGCCGACUUGGUUGAAGACGACGGUGAAGAAACACUCCGACGAUGGGCAGACAACCCAGGGAUGAAGUCCAUCGCCAGGCUGGUGCAAAGCCUGCGGAAUCGAAUGGAGUCACCCGACUAUGAAAUGAUAAUCAUAUGCUGCUUAAACAGCUGUUUAAGAUGCUGUUUUUCUGUCAGCCCCCCCAUGGUGCACCAGGCAGGCCUCACCUGCGAUUACUCCGAACUGCCCCACCAUGUCAGCUCUGAGGAGGAGAUCCAGAGACUGGUCCAGGCUGUCGGACUCAUCCUGAGGGCCCUGCCCAAACCCACGCUGGUCACCAUGUCCAGAUCCAGUUUGGAUGAGUACUGCCCUGCCGAUCAAGUGGACUCUAUUCAAGAGCGGGUCCUGGGCGUCCUGGAGUCCCUGUACGGCUCGCUAGCCGUUCACAGAGAGUAUGCAACCACGGCGGGCUCCCCGGCCACUUCCUGAGGAGAAGCAGUUGGCUUCCAGUGGAAAACGUGGCCCAUGUUAAACUAUGAGACACACUUUAAAUGGAAAUAUAUUAGGCCCGUAUUUCAGCCUUUUGGGCACAGAGAGGCGCAGCAAAAUUUGGUUGUCAGUAAAAUAGUUCUGUGUGAAUCUUCCCCAAAUGUACAAAAUGCAAAAAUGAAGGCUUUUACCACGGUCUGUGAUGAAAUCGAAUCCGUGCCAGUGCCAGCCAUGGCUGGCAGUCCCACAGGAGUGGUGCUCAAUUGGCUACAUGUGGACCUGGGGUAUGGGAGGGAUGUGGUUUGCUGGGAUAGCAGUGUCCUUUGCUCGAGUUCGACUCCUGAGUUUGUGAUUCGUCUUCACUCUCCCAAGCCAACAGCAGGGGCCUUAUGAGCACCCAAAGUCAGGUGGGAUUGGAGGUGCCAAUUUCUUUUUAUAUAAAAAAAAUUGGUAGACUUGCAUUUGGUGUAAAUGUCAGAAUAUGCCGUGCCCAAUAAAAUACAUGUCAAUUAAGAGCUUUCACAUUUGACAUAUUUUGUACAUUUGCACAAUAUGUUGUGAAAACCAUGAUGUAACAUGGCCUGAGUAAGCUCUAUACAAUGUUUGUGAAUGUAACUGCGAUGAAUCCAUGUUGACACGUGCUGAAAAUAUAUUCCAGUAUAAUUUA